UCGAACGGUUCUACCAUAUCUAUAAAAAUUUAAAUACAAAAUGACAGGUCGUGGUAAAGGUGGCAAAGGAUUAGGAAAAGGUGGUGCUAAGCGUCACCGCAAAGUUCUUCGUGAUAACAUCCAAGGUAUUACGAAACCAGCUAUCAGACGUUUAGCUCGCCGAGGCGGAGUUAAGCGUAUUUCUGGUUUGAUUUAUGAAGAAACUCGUGGAGUAUUGAAAGUAUUUUUGGAAAAUGUGAUCCGUGAUGCUGUUACAUACACAGAACAUGCCAAAAGGAAGACUGUUACAGCCAUGGAUGUCGUAUAUGCUUUAAAGAGACAAGGCCGUACCUUAUACGGUUUUGGAGGUUCUGCCGCAGAUUUUUUAGGUUUUUUCUCUCCAGAUACCUUUGCCUUUGACUUUUUAGUACCUGCAGAUGAUGCAGUAACCUUCUUCUUCGUAACACCUGAUGGCACCUUCUUUUUCUUACCCUCGACAGACGAUUUAGGAGACUUAGCAGCAGCAGCUGAUAAUUUAAAUGAACCAGAUGCACCUUUUCCUUUUCAAGUCCACCCCGAUACUGGUAUAUCAUCGAAAGCCAUGAGCAUCAUGAACAGCUUCGUGAAUGACAUAUUCGAACGUAUUGCUGCUGAGGCUUCGCGCUUAGCACACUACAAUAAGCGCUCCACCAUUACUAGUCGGGAGAUUCAAACUGCUGUUCGUCUUUUACUUCCCGGUGAACUGGCUAAGCACGCAGUUAGUGAAGGAACAAAAGCUGUCACUAAGUAUACUAGUUCCAAAUUUAAAUACAAAAUGACAGGUCGUGGUAAAGGUGGCAAAGGAUUAGGAAAAGGUGGUGCUAAGCGUCACCGCAAAGUUCUUCGUGAUAACAUCCAAGGUAUUACGAAACCAGCUAUCAGACGUUUAGCUCGCCGAGGCGGAGUUAAGCGUAUUUCUGGUUUGAUUUAUGAAGAAACUCGUGGAGUAUUGAAAGUAUUUUUGGAAAAUGUGAUCCGUGAUGCUGUUACAUAUACAGAACAUGCCAAAAGGAAGACUGUUACAGCCAUGGAUGUCGUAUAUGCUUUAAAGAGACAAGGCCGUACCUUAUACGGUUUUGGAGGUUAAGCAAAUAAUCAAUUAUUGAUUUAAUAAUGCAAUAAUAUAUUGCCCAAUGGUCCUUUUCA